AGGGUGGAGAGAAUUAGCAGUCUUGGGGGAUAAAAUAGAGAAGUUCUCUUGUAUGCUAGAGGGCUUUAUUUGGUCUCCUAGGAAUAGUGAAGCCAAUGACCGUUUUGAUGAUUGGGCUUUUGAGGAGGUAAUAAUUAGGAAACAUUUUCUUGCACCAUCACUGCUUGCUUCUCUAACUUAUUCCAUUGUUAAAAUGCAUGUGGGAAAGGGGCCCCAUUUUGAUUUCACUGGACCAAACUCUGGAAGCACAGCUUGUGUGGUUGUCAUCCGAGGAAACAAACUUGUUGUUGCUAAUGAUGGAGAUUCUAGAUGUGUCUUAUCAAGGAAAGGCCAG